GUCCAGCCGCGCCUCCCUGCCCACGCCCCUCCCUGCGCACAGCCGUGCCCCUGCCGCCGGCCGGAAGCCUGGCGCCCCUGCCCUCGCCCCCCUGCAAGUUUGGCGGCAGCCACUGCCGCUCAGUCACCACACCAGCCUCCGGAAUUGAAGAGGUGAAUGAAGCUGAUAUAAUUGAUAUCUUCAUGGCAAUGCAAAAACGUAGGCCAGAAACAGUCUUUUUGAAUUUCUCAAGACCACCCUGUCAUCCCCUCUGCAGCCGGGCUCACGGAGAAGGGCGUCACCCCGCCAUGAUCGCCGCAUCGGCGCGGCGGGUCGCUGCCGCCGCCGCUUCGUCUUCCCCGUCCGGCCAUGUCUCCCAGCUGGCCUCGACGCUGAAUCACCAGAGAUGGAUUCACGACCGGAACAAGAAGGCAAUGGAGUUGGUGGCCAAGGGUUGGAGCGCCCUACAGGAGGUCGAUCGCGUCAUCGACUUCGCCGACCGCAACGACAAGCGACUAAUCCCACUUCUCAGGGACGCAAAGGAGAACUUUGAGCUGGCUCUAGAGAUCGACAAUAUGAAUACUCACGCGAGAUGUUGGCUGGCCAAGAUGCAUUUCAAGUACCAUGUUCCCGGGGCGUGCAAGGCAAUUGGUGCUGCUUUGCUUGUUGAAGCUGCGAACAUGGGUGAUCCAGAGGCACAGUAUGAACUUGGAUGUCGGCUAAGAGUUGAGAAUGAUCAUGUUCAGUCUGAUCAACAGGCCUUUCAUUAUAUAGAGAAAGCUGUUGACCAGUUGCAUCCUGGUGCUUUGUAUCUUCUUGGUGCUGUAUAUAUAACUGGGGAUUGCGUUAAGAGGGACAUAGCUUCAGCUAUGUGGUGUUUCCAUAGAGCUUCAGAAAAGGUAACUCCAGGCCUAUCUGUUUAUGCUUACCGUGUGGUUGUUUCAGGUGCUGAAGUGCCUGAAGUCAUUACCAGGUUCAACUCAGGCAAGAGUCCGUCAACUGGGAAGGUGCGAAAAAGGACCAUACAGCAGGACCCAGUAAAGCUGGCAAAGGAGCAGUUCCAGAUAGCAGCUGAGUCUGGAUCUGACCUCGGUUUACGGUGGUUGAAGAGGCUUGGAGAUUACGAAAAACAGCCCGAAGAGCUAAAGCAAAUCCAGCAAUGACCUCCAGCGAAAGAAUACCGCUGCAUUCGGCAAUUAGGCCCAAUUCUUUUGAACAGAUUGUGAAGAAUCUCGUCCUGGAAAAUCCUGAGCGAAAAGAACUUGAUUUGCCUUCCAAAAUCUCGAGCGGAUUCUGCAGAAUCCUAGUGCAAUUCAAAAUCCUCGAAAAACAUAGAUUUUCACAGAAUCCCAGGAUUCUGGUAAGUCCCACCAAAGAAAACGUUUCGGAUAUGAGAGUACCCCUAUUGGAGGAAUAAUUUACAGCCAAA